AUAUCCCGCCUAAAUACAUGGCAAGUCUGCGGAACGAGCCCCGCAAGAUGAAGGAACUGUUGCAGUACCACAUGGUUCCUGGCAAACUCGAGGAGUCUACGCUGAUCGGAGACACCAAUCUGGACACAUUGGCAAACAUGGCGCUCAAAAUCAAAGUCACAGUUCUCAGAGAUGGUGUGAAGCUGGACAAAGCCAGCUUACAAAACCACGGCAGGGAGUGUCGCAACGCCGUGAUACAUCGUGUGGAUAAAGUGCUCAUUCCUCCUGACAAUUCACUGAUGGACGAGUUGAUGGGGGACCCAAACCUUAGACUCAUUUCACAUUCGACUGGAAGGAUCGCCUCGUCGUUAACAAACAUUCGAGGGCCGUCUCUGAUGACAUUCUGACAAGUAACGGAAUUUUGUACAAGAUUGAUCACGUGAUUCCGUGCAGCUGCGAGAAGUUAAUGCGCACGAGACGGGGGCAGUAUCUAUCCGCCCACAGGUACCGGAGACGGUACUGAGCUCUGAUGACUGGACCUUACGAUGAAGGAAAUAGCUGUUCACCGCGACGAGGAGAUGGAAUGUGUGUGUGUUUUUCCCUGGGCUCGCUCCGUCACAUCAACACGGGUACAUCCCAAGCAGUUCCUGUGUCGACGAGAGCACAGAUUGAAGGAAGUGUACGCGACACCAACAUCAUUUACUGCCGCAAGGACCACCCACCAACCACCACCACGACGACAACAACACUCCCGUCUCCUCUUGGACACAUUUUUAAAUUCUCACCGCAUAAACCUUGUCGUAGUUGUUGAUGUUGUGUUUGGUUUAGGCCUGACUCCAAGUCGGCGCCGUAACGGAUUGAUUGGGCCGUGCACGCUAUAGUUCAGAGGGGAAAGCAAUCAGAGGCCAUAGCAUGGCUUCAUUUUUUAAAGAUUUAGGUGCUUUUACGCCCCCAUCGACACCAUUUAGAUAAUUAAUUAAUAGGCGGCGCUUCCACCCUGCCUGCCUGCCUGCCAAGGGUCAAUCUGAGCUGGGAGGGAUAGAACAUCCCAGCAGAAAGACCGAGAUACUCGAUAAAAAAGGACUUCCCUACACGGGAAUCAAACUCGGUUGUUUGGCAUGUAACAGCGAAGUGCCGAAAUGCUUCACUAUAUGAUGUAGUUCAAGGCUGCUUCGCCUGCUGUUUCCACUCAAGUACGAAAGAUGUGCGCGCCUGUGUUCCUUUUGAUCUUUGCUUAACAUUUCGGCUACGUCAUUCCACAGGCGCUUGAGGUUUUUUUGGUGGCUUUUUUUUUGUUUGUUUGUUUUUUUAGAUAAAAGUUCGACCAAAUCAGAAUCUUGAUUUGGGCGCUUGUAAUCUUUCAAUUAAGAAUUAGGAAGGAAAUAACAUUUUAAAAAGCUACAUUAUAAUUAUAUUGUUAUUACUGAAUGAUGCCCCUUGAUAUCUUUAUAAAUUCGAAUGACGGCUUCGUCUCGGAACCCCCCAGAAACUGAUUUGGACGAAUGUGGAGUGACUGAUGAUUUGUUUUUAAAAAAAACAACAACAUCUAUGUACUUAACGAAUUGGUCAGAAUCUUUAAGAUUGACAGGCGGUACAAUUGCAUUCUCGAGGUCAACGAAGAGCGGGUUAUCGGACGAACGAGGACAAUAAACUUUUGUUUCGGAAA